CUUCAGCAUCUUGUCACGUACAAGCAGAGAAGCAAAUAUCAACAACCACUAUGGGGUCUGCUCUUUCAAAAGAAAACAUAUUACAGGAACUUGAAAAGCUACAGAAAGAUUGGGAAAAUGAAACUCUCCCCAAAUUGACCAAAAAAAAUCAAGAAGGCCUGGAUUUAUUAAAAAAUACUCCUCUUGAUAUUGCCCUCACAGGGGUGUCAGGUGCUGGUAAAUCAUCUCUUGUCAAUGCCCUGCGAGGAAUGACAAACUGGGAAGAUGGUGCAGCUGAGACUGGUGAGACGGAAACAACAAUGGAGCACAAAAGCUAUCCACAUCUCACAUUCCCAAAUGUGACAAUGUGGGAUCUACCAGGAAUUGGGACACCUAACUUUAAACCAGAGGAAUACCUCAAGAAGGUAAAUUUUGAAAAGUACGAUUGUUUCAUCAUAGUUGCCUCAAAUCGCUUCACUGAGAAUGAUGUCCUCCUGGCCCGUGAAAUUCAUAAAAUGUACAAGAAGUUCUAUUAUGUGCGCACCAAAGUGGAUGCCAGUAUAUAUUCUGAAAAACAAAAGCCAAACUUCAGUGAGGAGAAAUUCCUGGAUGGAAUUAGGAAGUAUUGCUGUGAUAAUCUGAAACGUAUAGGGGAAUCUAAUCCACGGGUUUUUCUCAGUUCCGCAUUCCAUUUGGAUAAGUAUGAUCUUCCUCUCCUGCUAGGGACUUUGGAGAAUGAGUUGGAUGAUCUCAAGAAACAUAUUUUAAUUCUGUCUAUGCCAGUUUUCUCCAAAGAAGUCCUGAAGAAGAAAAGGGCUGCUAUGGAGGACUAUAUCAAGAAAGCAGCUUGGUUGUCUUGUACUGUUCGGGCAGUUCCUGUCCCUGGCCUUUCUGUUGUCUGUGAUGUUGCCAUCUUGGUGAGGUCAAUGAUAUACAUCCUUGAGGUCUUUGGCUUGGAUGAAGAGUCCCUCAAUAGACUUGCAAAGCGGGUUGGCAAAUCUGUUGAUGUCCUGAAAUCAGCUAUCAAAAAGUCUCCACUGCCCAGCCAAAUCACCACAGGAUUUGUAAUUAGUAUGUUGAGUAAGUCAGUCAUUUGUGGAACCCUGAUGGUGGUUGAAACUGUUCUUGAUUUUGUACCGGUGUUGGGCUCUAUAACUGGCGGACCACUUUCUUUUGGAACAACAUUUUACUUCCUGAAGAAAUUUCUGCAUGAUGCUGAGGAAGAUGCUCAGAACGUCCGGGCAAAAGCUGCAGAAUUCUAAACGGAGACAAGUGCCAAGACACCCGUAAUAAAAGUAGAUUGAGGACAAAAAGCAUAUGAAUGUCAUGCAAAUAUGAGGAAACAAAAUCCAAGAAUAAAUUCUAGAUGUCAUAUACUUGUUUGAUGUCCUGCUUGGUGGAAGUGGAUCUUUGAAUACCACGUUGUACCUUCCAAGAAGCUUUCUGAAAUAAAUGAAGAUGCUUAGAAUGUUCAAGAAAAGCUAUUGAACAUGUAGAAUCAAAGAGCUGACGUCCCAAAAAAUAGAAGAGGAGGCACCAAAUGUAUGGAUAAUGCUCAGGAUCAGAAUAUUGGAAAGGAAAGGAAACUGGAUUUCAGUUUUCGGCUGCAGUAACCACACCUCCAGAAACUGACCAAGGGCUCCUCAACGAGACAAUCUAUUUGUUGUUUUUGCUUUGUUAACUUCUUUCUUCCAAAGUCCAACAUAAUCAACUAACAGUCCACAUAACUGGACUCAUAGGAGUUAGAUAUGACCACAGCCAGAGUUUUUCUUCACUUUAGUGUGCUGGAGGCUAUAGUUCAA